AGAAAAACAUCUUUAUGCACAUUACUAAUGGAUUUAUUUGUUGAUAUUAAGCCCAUAUGCAAUUCAUAUUGUUUAUCUUCCCUAAUUGAUUUAAGAGUUUCUUUUAAUUAAAUUAUCUAUUUUAUUUAAUUUUACAUAUUCUUAUUAAUCAAUAUGGGGUUGUUUAAUUACAUUCUACUCCUUUAUGAGCCGCAAAGAAGAGCGGGUAUCAUCAUGCUGGUAAACGUUAUGAUCAUACUCGUUGAUUCUUCCUUGUUAUUGACUUCCACUUUCAGACAUCUUUCUCCCUCACUCCACUCUUCACGUUGCUUUCCCAUGGAUUGGCAAGGGCAAAAGUUUGUGGAGCAGAUAAUGCAGAUAAGUUUGUUGGUGUUUGCAGUGAUUGCAUUGGUUGCAGGUUAUGUAUUGGGAUCGUUUCAUCUGAUGAUGCUCGUGUAUGCUGGUGGUGUGACUCUCACCACAUUGAUUACUGUUCCAAAUUGGCCUUUCUUCAAUCGCAACCCACUCAAUUGGUUGGAUCCCAAUGAAGUUGAGAAGCAUCACAAGCCACAGGUGGCUGUGAGUUUGAAGAAGAAAGCCACCCAGAAGUAAGGUCAAUUUAACUUGAUCUUAGCAUCACUAGAGUUUGCUUGGAGGCUGAAUUGAAUGUUUUGUGCCUUUAUGUGCAUCAAUGGAUACUGUAGUCCACUUGUUUCCCCGAAGUUUCUGAACUAUGAAACAAUUUGUUGAAAAGAAUUCUUCUUAUGCAUCUUUUUCUCUUUCUUCUUGUGCCUCUAAUAUAUUACUAUGAAACAAUUAGUUGAAGAGAAUCCUUCUUAUACAUCUCUUUAUCUUUACUGGAAGCUGAGAUGAAAAUGUCUUUUUAUUGGGUUGUGCUUUAGAUUUCCUUGAUUUCAUUGUGGUGGCUGUUAAAUUUUGUUGGCUUUGGAUAUAACUUAGGGACCUCAUUUGUCGUUUGGUAGCUGAGGACCAUAUCUGCACUCUGGCAGCUGAGUAAAACCCUGAGCAUGUCAUCAUACUGCUAAAAAAGACUGGACAAAUCUCAUUAGCAUCAAAGAUUUAGAUGCUAGUGGAAAACAUCAAAUUCACAUUCUCAUCCACGAAAAAGGGUUAAGAAUCUUAUUAUUCACACUGUACAGUACAAGUUGAGGUUCAGCUUGCUGAACACCCAUGUCUCCAACCUUGUACCUGCAAAUGGCAUUUCAGAUUUCAGAACCAAAGGGGAUAUGUUCACAAUUUUGCUAGUGACAGAACCUAACCCUAUCUUGGAUGAAAAUCUGGGAAAACAUCAAAAUUGAAGAAAAAAAAAAUGAAAGCACGCUUUUUUCUUAAAUAUUAACAGUACUUCAUGAACAGU